GAGCAGGGUUUAUAAACGAUGGGGUGGUUCAAUGGGUUAAACUGCUUUUCGAAGUGCUAUUUGUGGCCUGCUGCUUUGCACGCCAGACACUGACAGAACAGCAUGGAGACGCUUCUUUUUCUAUUUCCUCAAUUUAACUACAUGGCCCCAAAGGAGGAAGCGUAUUUCAAAAUGUUUGCUGUAGAAGGCUUGCAGACGGCAGCGAUGAAGGACGAUAGCAGCAGACAGAAAGACAAGGAGAGGAAAGGCCGACUAAGCCUUUUUCUCACCAAGUCGGGCUCCCAUGAAAACGUCAGUCCCCAUAAAAAGACAAAUCCGACACCCAAGAACAUCCCAGCAGAAGAAGCUUUGCAAUGGAGCGAUUCUUUUGAAGACCUGCUGCAGCACACAGAUGGGGUGGAAACCUUCACUCAGUUCCUCAGGACGGAGUUCAGUGAGGAAAACAUUGAGUUCUGGUUGGCCUGUGAGGAAUACAAGACCAUUGAUUCUGAAACAAAGCUGCGGUCCAAAGCCAAAUAUAUUUACACGGUUUUUAUUGAAUCCGAAGCACCCAAAGAGGUCAACAUCGACUGCAACACCAAGAAGGCUAUCAUGAAGAACAUGGAACAACCCACGAGAAGCUGUUUUGAAGCAGCUCAGAUGAAAGUCUACAGCCUGAUGAAAAAAGACUCGUACCCCCGGUUCCUGCACUCUGACAUUUAUCUGCGUCUCACUCGGAGAAAGGGCCCCGGGACCACUAUGUUCCGCAGAAGGUCACGCUCCUGCGUGUUUAACGAGAGGGGGGAGGCCACGGCUGAACAUUCGGCCUGGUGAUGGUUUCAGGGUUAGUAUCUGACUGGAAUUGAUUGAUAUCAUCCAUCUGAUCAUCCAUCGUUAGAUGCACAAAAGAGCUGAAACGUAAUGUGCAGAGUUGAUUUUUUUAUUAUUAUUUGCAACUUUUUAUCUACAGGGUGCAAUACUUUUGUGCAACAGAGUGUAUAGAGGUCUACUCCACAAAGACAUCACCAUGGCAACCUCAGAUGUAUUUAUUAUAGCAGCUGGUGAUCUCUGCUUAUCAUGAAGACUAUGAACAGGAAAAUACCUGCUAGUAUGAAAAACUGUAAAACAUAAGAAGUCCUUUUUACUCUUUAAUUUAACUUUAUAUUCAUUGGUUAAUACUGUCAAAUAAAGAAAUACAGGCCAAGAAUUUGGAGAAAUUUACCACCUUUAAUAACUAUUUUAGGUAAGAACAUCUGUUAAUGAGAAAUGAUGAAACUGGCCUAGAACCCCCCCCCCCCCCCCCCCCCCCCAGGUACUUCACAACACAACAAUCAGUCAUUCACCCAUUCACACACAUUCACUUCCUGGUGGUGAUGAGCUACAUUGUAGCCACAGCUGCCCUGGGGGUGACUGACAAAGGUGAGGCUGCCGAACACUGGCGCCACCCCUCCCUCCGACCGCCACUAGCAGGCAAGGUGGGUGGAACGUCUUGCCCAAGGACACAACAGCAGCAUUCUAUGCCAGGAGCAGUAGCCGGGAUCAGUUGCUGGAAAACCCGCUCUACCUCCUGAGCUACUGCUGCCCUAUUGAGAAGGCAAGAAAAGGCAGACUUAUUUAUAAAGCACAUUUCAUACACACAGACAGUUCAAUGUUUAGGAAUAUCAAGAAAAUUAAAAUCAACAUGACAAAGUACAACUUAAAAAUGUUAAAGAUGCUAUGUUAAAGUUAAAGGGUGAGCAGUUACAGUGCAGAAGGUGCAGCAUGAGUAGUCCUUCAAAGGCUGAUUAAACAUGAAGGUUUUAAAUUUUGAUGUAAAAGUUACUAGAGUUUGGGGCACAUUUGAGGUCAUAAGGAAGCUGAUUCCAUCUGUGUGCAGCAUCGUGGCUAAAAGCAGCUUCACCCUGUUUGGUUCUGAUCCGAGUUCUACCAGCUGACUAGUGUUCUAAGAAUCUCAGAGCCCUGCUGGGCGUAUAUACCCACAUGUAUUCUGGUCCCUUGCCAUUAAGUGAUUUAUAAACUAGCAGAAGUACUUUGAAAUUGAUUCUGUGAUUUACUGGUAACCAGUGUAGAGAUUCAAGAACAGGAGUGAUGUGCUUGGUUAUCUUGGUUCUUGUUUAUUCAGCAUUCCGAAUAAAAUUAUGUAGGUAUUGUUGUUUGGUUAAAGGAGCAAUAUGUAAAUGUUUUACGGGGAAAUAAUCACCAAACAGUCUUGAGAAGGUUUGUAACAGAUUUCCUUUUUAGCCGGCUGGGGGUUUGUCAGUUGUUCUCCUUUAAAAAAAAAAACAAAGAGAGACAUAGUUACUGUUUACAAUGAGUGAGCCUGCAUGGUUGCAGGGUCCAUGCCAAGCUAACACGGCUCCAUCAGCAUUUGUUAUAUGACACCAGCAGGCAAAAGCUCCAGAGUUGUUAAAAGAACUGAACCCAAUAACAGGAGCGACCCUGAAGUUAUUUCUUGUGCUCUUAAGAAGAAACAACAUAUUUUUGUUCUACUCUAACAUUAGGUGAAGCAGGCUAGAGACUAAUGUUGAGCUAACAGUGCUAACAGUGAAGUAGAAGCAAAUAGUCAACUCUAAAAAUAUCUCAAGCUAUAUUUUUCAAUGGCCAAGAACUCCAUACCACAGUGAAAUGUAUUUAUCAACUUACUGUGUAUGACUUGUCUUUGCUCGUCAUCUAUCUUCUGGCGUUGGGUCGAACUUGGCAACAGCCAUAACUCAUGGAAUGGGAAUGAGACACGUGUUUGUUUUGAAAUUGGGCUUCAGUAACCAAAUGUGACUAUCGGAUGUCAUUCUUACUUUAUUUUUACUUAAUGCACCUUUAAACCUUUCAAAUAAUAGCACGUGUCAUUUCAUGCAA